AAAUUAAUGUCAACGCCCUAAAUCGCUUAUUGGACGUUACGAGAUAUUAAAAAAAACUUGUUUUCGUCUUCGUAUAAGAAAACCCAUUAGAAAGACUUCGUUACAGCACCACGUAUCGAGAAUGAAAAUAAAAAGUUCAAUAUUUGAGGAAGACAAAGAACAGUUUAUUUGGGAUGAAAAGGCUGUGAAAAGUUUUAAAAAAGUCAUAAAAGAUCAAGGAAUAAAAUGUUGUAUGGACGACAUUUUUCUUCUGGGAAUUCUUCGCGCAAGAAAAUAUGAAAUGGAAAGAUCUCUGCAAUUGCUGAAGAAUUACUACGAAAUUAGACUGCAAUAUCCUCAAUAUUUUAAAGACCUUCUUCCUUCCAAGGUAGAGCAUGUAUUAUCGUUGAAAAAUAUGCAAUUUUUGCCAAAACCCGAUCAGAAAGGAAGAUAUGUUUUUCUCUUCCAACACUCUACGUGGGAUACAUCUGUUGCAAAUGCCUGUGAUAUGCUUCGUACUGUAAUGCUAUUCUUUGACCUACAACUAAAUUUACAUCGAUCUCAAGAAAAAAAAGUUGUAAUUAUAGCAAAUGCUGAGGGAAUAUCAGUAUCACAUUUCCUACAACUUACGCCAAGUUUUCUGAAUUCACUAACGAAAGUUUUAUUCAGAGAUUCGUAUCAGGCUCGAUUUAGUGAAAUUCAUUUCGUGAACUUGAAUAUCAUCAUGAAGGCGCUUUUAAGCAUUUUUAUUCCACUUUUACCAAGUAAAUUGAGAGACAGGGUGCAUCUUCAUUCUGAUAUGUCAACAUUAUACGAAUAUAUCAGUCCCGAUUGUCUGCCGUUGGAAUACGGAGGAAAUUUGUCAAGUUUCGAUCCGACUGCAGCCAAUAAUAUGAUUAAAGCUAACGAAGAAUUCUUUCGAAAAAACGAAGAAUACGUGAAAUUGUACGAAGAACAAAGAAAUAAAAAUUUCAGUCUAGGCACAUUUCGCUACGUACGUGAAGAAAUUGAAGACGAAAAAGUGAAGAAACUUAUAGAAAAAACCGAAGAAAGAUUUAAAUGUUAUUCUCAUGAUCCAGAAGCAUUUUUGGCUGCAAUGAAAGAAGAUUCUGAAUUUGAAAUUACACAUUUCUAA